AUGGAAGAUCAAAUUUUGCCUCCUCAGGUUAUUGAUUACAACCUAUCCCAUCCCUUAGUAGGAACUUUGUUUAGCACUAUUUCAGAUCGACCUUAUGGAGAAAUUGAGGAUAGUGUUCUUGCCAUUAAGAUUAGAACUGAUGAAUUUGAUACCCAGAGAAGAUUGACAGAGCCAAUACAUCACCUAAUCCUGAGCGGAAGUUUUGCUGAAAUUGCAAACACCUCUCUCUCACUAGACUGUAAAGGCGAAAGCAGGCUUUCUCAGGUGAAAACAAGUAGCGGAGAAAUUUCGCUAGACAAGCCACCAAAGCCACACAGACUUCAGGCAAACUGUAGCAAUUCUUGUGAAAGGCCAAUUUCAAAGGUGUAUAAUCACCUCAGGAAUAAAUUGAUCCCUGCUCCACAGAAGAAGAUUGAGAAAUCUUGUAUUGUAGACUUUCACUCUGAAGGUCAGGAUAAUACUUCUCAUACAAGUUCUUCCAAGAACAAACUCGAAAUGAGGAGCUAUAUGUCAGGAAAUAGACUCCGAGGAGUCAACCAUAAUAGCACUAUUAAGGGUGCAGGACUUCAAGGCGAUCUGGAGCUUGGCAAAAGCCCGCUUAAUAACAUGUAUAUGUCACAUGUGGUCACCCAGGUUGUCCUAGGCGAUAAUCCAGACACGCAUAUAGAGUAUAUCAGAAGCCUUGAAGCUAUCAUUGCUAAUCUUAAGAACGACCUGAAUGAGAAGAAUACGGAAAACGAGACUUUAAAGAAAGAAAAUAAAAGUCUUAGGAAGAUUAUUAGUAAAGUUGACAAGAGCAAACUUCAUGAACUCAAAACCAAAUUACAAAAAGAAGACGAGUCUCCAGUUCAAGUAGAACAAAAUGAGGAAGAGCUUGACUCUUUUAUAUUAGCAGAGAAGACAGCCGUUGAUGCCAUGGCAAGGAAUCCUUUACAGAAUCCAAUAAGAGAAAUUUUAAGCUUAAAAGCUAAAGUUUCUUCAGUUGAUCGGAACAACUCUGAAUCUAAGAGAAGCAGGCUUAGGAUGCCUCUAACAGCUGGAUCCAAGCAAAAUUCUGAUCUUAGCGAAACUAAUUGAAAGGUUUCAAGCAGUGUUCGGAAGGAAGUAACUUCACCAAGCUUAUUACACUACAAAAAUGAUACUCUCGCUUUUAAACAAAAGAAUCCAUAUUACAUGGAAAGUGAGCCUCAGACCAUGAAAUGUGAUAAGAAAGAUCCAAAUCUCAGUAAGAGAGACUCAGAAAAAUCCCCAGUCCAGUCGAUGAUCCCAAUCGGGAGUACAGCACAAAGCAAGGGUGAAAAAUCAUCAUUUGCUAACGAAAUCAAGGGGAAAUAUAACACCUCGUUGUUUAACCAAAAGAAAGCAUUUGUGAAGGAAGUAUCUGUUCAUUUGAACUGAGUGAAACCUGAUAAAAACAUGAGGGAAUUGUCAUUGAAUGACCAUUUAAGAUCUACUUCUAAAGACAGUUCAAAUUCAAUGUCUUUUGGAGGAACCAGCAGGAAAUACAGUAAUAUCAAAAGUAGGCUGUACCAGCCUACUUCUGCUUAUAAGCUUAAAAAGGAGGCUACUUUAUCUGAGAAAAAUAAAAAUAUUGAGAGAAAGAAGCGCGAAAAACAAAAAAUCCCUUCUAAGAUAAAAGCCAUAAGGGCUGCUCAGGAUAUACACAAUCCGGAGCUUUAUCAAUUUGAUUCAAAAGAGUUGUCACCAUCAAUUCCAGUUAAGGAUUAUUCAAAAGUGAAAUAUCCCAAAAAGCGCAGUGUUAACAGAUUCAGCACUGAAGUAUCCUCUAUUGUACAGAGCACUAGGCGGAAGAGGAAGCCUCGUCAUGAUAAGGUUAACUAUGAACGCUCUCCAUUAAUCCCUCAUCAUACAAAGAAAUAGCUUUAAAAUUCCUAAAUAA